GCAAAUGGUCAAGUUGAACGAUUCAACGGAGUCAUCAAGAAACAUGUCCUCACAGCACAAGCAGAGCAAAAGGACUGGAGAGAAUCACUACCAAACCUACUUCUCCACUAUCGAACCACACCCCACCGAAUCACUGGACAGUCCCCAGCAAAACUACUCAUGAAGAGGGAACUUCGAACCAAGAUCCCAGCAAUUUCCACGGUGGACCAACCAACAGAUUGGCACGAGGAAGUGCGAAGAAAAGACGAUAACGAGAAGUCCAAAGCGAAAGCAUACACCGACAAGAAACGUCAUGCAGCGGAACGAAAAUUGAUCGUAGGAGAUAAAGUUCUGGUCAAACAGAAGAAAAAAAACAAGUAUUCGACAAAGUUUUGCAAAGAUCCGAUGACAAUCACGAAGAUCAACGGAACACAGAUCGUGUUAACAGAUCUCCAUGGUAAACAGCACCGACGAAACUCUUCUCAUGUCAAGAAAUAUUGGACCACAUCAGAACCGAACAACGUAGAAGACGAGGAUUUCGUUGCAGAAUUCCAACCACCACAAAGCACCACUGAAGAAACCCCACCAGACAGCAACCCAAACAUUCCCAUCAUCCAACCAGACCCAACCCCGCUCCGCAGAUCCACACGAGAGAAAACCGUCCCAGAUCGCCUUAGAUAUUGA